AUGCGUUUCAGCAACAUUCUCGCAGCCUUGGCUCUUGGAGUCUCCUCGGUUCAGGCGUGGAACCGUAUCGACAAGGACAAUGCGGCCCUUCUUGUGAUUGACCACCAGGUCGGUCUCACCCAGCUGGUGCGCGACUACAGCACCAACGACUUCCGCAACAACAUCAUUGCCCACGCCGCCAUCGGCAAGGCCUUCGACCUUCCCACCAUUUUGACCUCCUCCUCCGAUACUGGCCCCAACGGUCUUCUCCUCAAGGAGAUCACCGACAUGCACCCCAACGCCACUUUCGUCCGCCGUCAAGGUGAGGUCAACGCCUGGGACAAUGCUGAGUUCCGUGCUGCCGUCAAGGCUACUGGCAAGAAGCAGCUGAUCAUCGGUGGAAUUGUCACUGAAGUUUGCACCGCUUUCUUGGCUCUCUCCCUGAUCGAUGAGGGCUACGAGGUGUAUGCCAACACCGAGGCCAGCGGUACAUUUGAUGCCAAGCUCGCCAUCGAUGCCAACCGCCGCAUGGAGAAGGCCGGUGUCACGCUGAUGGGUAUCUUCGCCAUUGUCUGCGACCUCAUGCGCGACUGGCGCAACACCCCCGGCUUGAACGAGCUCCUCCCCUGGUUCGACCAGUAUCAGUUCGCUUACGGUCUGGUUGCUCGCCACCACGCUGGUGCCAUUCUCAACGGUACCCUGUCUGCUGUCGAGGAGACUCUGAUCUAA